AUGUUCUCAUUCCCUACAAAACAAGUCACAAAGUCCCAGACUUGUUUCAUCUCGAUCACCUUGGGAUCCUGUGGCAGCUCCAACAGAAGGGGCUUGAUUUUCUGGCUGGUUGCUUCAAAUAACGUGGAGCUGGAAGCAAGCUUGGAGACGUUUUUCAAAAGAAUCAGCUUCAAAACCUCAAACUCAACCUCGAGACUAGGCGUGUUCUUGAAAAACCAUGGUAGCUCUGGUAGCAUCAAAGAGACAGUUGACAAGUUGAGCAAAUUGGUCCAUUUCCAGAGUGUUAUCUGUCUCGUAGGUGAUGAGGUCACGGACGAAGUUGAACAUGAGUCUUUUAAACUGAGCAUCUGGGGUCGUUUGGAUCAGAUAACAAAUAAACGAAGAGUGCACCACCACCUUGGAAUGGAUGGCUUCUCCAAUGUCUUCCAGCGACAUGAGCUUUCUAAGCACGUUGAUGUCCUCCUUGCAGCUUUGAAGUCUGACUGGUCGAAUAUAUAUGCAUGCAACUUAUUCAAAACUGGCUUUUCAACAAUGACUCGAAGGUCAUCCUCGGGAUCAAUGGGAACUUCAUCAACUUCCGUGGGGACCGACAUGGUUUGUGCAGAAUCGAACAAUGAAUCUGUCAAUGCAGAUAAAGGUUCCAGGUCGUGUUUGAUCAAGUCUCCUGACACUUCUUCUGUAUAA